AUGCUCACUUCUUUCGGCCAGCGCGCAUUUGUCCUGCGCCUCCAGGACUUGCCUUCACCAAGAUGGAAACAGUCUGCAACCAGGCACGGCUGCCAGAUCCUUGUCGACCAGUCACGCACCCUUAAGAUGUGGACUUGCCCUUCAGGCAGGCUGCAGAAGAGGCAAUGCAGGCUAACACUUUCCAGCUUCCCCUCCAAAUUUGCACAGUUCUCCUCCAUACCCAGAAGAGGGAAAUUCUUACAGCUCGAAGAGAAUGUCAAGAAACCAGCAUAUAUGGCGAGGCAAGUAAACCAGUGCGACGGGAUCUCCAUUGCUACUGAUCUCAUCGACUUCUUGAAUGCUUCCCCCACAGCUUUUCAUGCCGUUGACGAGGCGAAGAGGCGAUUGAGAAAUGUGGGAUUCGAGCAGGUGUCCGAGAAGGAAGAUUGGAAAUUGGAAGCUGGAAAGCGCUACUUCUUCACUCGGAACCACUCCACCAUCGUUGCUUUUGCCAUUGGUAACAGGUAUGUUGCUGGCAAUGGAUUCCACGUAAUUGGUGCUCAUAGUGAUAGUCCUUGUUUAAAGCUGAAGCCUGUCUCCAAGGUAACAAAAGCUGGUUACUUAGAAGUUGGAGUGCAACUAUAUGGAGGAGGUCUAUGGCAUACAUGGUUCGACCGUGACUUGACAGUGGCAGGGCGGGUUAUAGUGAGAGAGGAUAAGAAUGGCACUAUUUCCUACUCACAUAAACUAGUUAGGAUUGAGGAACCUAUUAUUCGGAUCCCUACUAUUGCAAUUCACCUAGACAGGACUGUUAAUAGUGAGGGAUUUAAAAUUAACACACAGAGCCAUCUGCUACCAGUCUUGGCUACACUAGUUAAGGCCGAGCUUAACAAAGUGGCAGUUGAAAGUGGCCGUGCUGAAAGUAGGGAAAACAAUAAUGAACAAAUAUCCACUGAAGACAGUGGAAAAGGUAACUUGAAGCAUCAUCUAGUUCUAUUACAGAUCAUUGCAAGUAAAAUCGGGUGUAAACCAGAUGAUAUAUGUGAUUUUGAACUGCAAGCUUGUGAUACACAGCCAAGUGCAAUAGGUGGUGCUUUGAAGGAGUUCAUAUUCUCUGGAAGGCUUGAUAAUCUGUGCAUGUCAUUUUGCUCAUUACAGGCGUUGAUAGAUGCAACAUCUACGGAAAGUGAGCUGGAAGACGAGAGUGGGGUUAGAGUGGUGGCAUUGUUUGAUCAUGAGGAGGUUGGAUCUGAGUCGGCACAAGGAGCUGGAUCUCCUGUCAUGCUAGAUGCUCUAUCACGAAUCACAAGCUCCUUCAGCUCAGAUUCCAAUCUUCUUCAAAGGGCAAUCCAGAGUAGCUUCCUUGUGUCUGCUGACAUGGCCCACGCAAUUCAUCCUAACUAUUCGGACAAACACGAAGAAUAUCAUCAGCCCAAGUUGCAUGGAGGCUUGGUGAUUAAACACAAUGCUAAUCAACGCUAUGCAACAAAUGCAGUAACCUCUUUCAUUUUUAGGGAGAUAGCAUCAAAGCACAACCUUCCUGUUCAGGAUUUUGUGGUACGGAAUGAUAUGGGAUGUGGCUCAACCAUAGGUCGGAUCCUGGCCAGUGGGUUGGGUAUCCGUACAGUUGACGUGGGGGCUCCUCAGCUAUCCAUGCACAGCAUUAGAGAGAUGUGUGCAGUGGAUGAUGUGAAAUACGCGUAUGAGCAUUUUAAGGCAUUCUUCCAGGAGGUUGGUCACCUUCAUGCCAAGAUUCUGAUCGACGACAUUUGA